AUGCCGACUCUCUAUAAUGGGUAUUUGAAUAGGAUUGGAGUAGUUGUGAGAGGUGCAAAGGUCGCUAAAAAACACGAGAGGGGAAGCGAGGAGGAGGAAAGAGAGAGAGAGGUCGAGAGAAGAGGAAGACGAGAGGGAGAGGGGGGAGUCGCCGGAGCUGCUGCUGUCCGGCUGGCUGUUGGUGCUGCUUCUCUGCUGCCUGAUGCGGGAAGGGAGAGAUGGGAAGAAAAGAGAGGAGGGGGGAAACGAAGGAGGGGGAAGAGGAGAGAGGGGCGACUGCCACCACUUGGAGGGAGCGAUUGGGAAGAAGGGGGAGAGAAAGAGGCGGCUGGAGAGAGGGAGGGGAGGAAGAUGGCUGGUCGGUCAAAAUUGGGUGUCAACANACGAGAGGGAGAGGGGGGAGUCGCCGGAGCUGCUGCUGUCCGGCUGGCUGUUGGUGCUGCUUCUCUGCUGCCUGAUGCGGGAAGGGAGAGAUGGGAAGAAAAGAGAGGAGGGGGGAAACGAAGGAGGGGGAAGAGGAGAGAGGGGCGACUGCCACCACUUGGAGGGAGCGAUUGGGAAGAAGGGGGAGAGAAAGAGGCGGCUGGAGAGAGGGAGGGGAGGAAGAUGGCUGGUCGGAAAAGGGAGAGGGAGAAAAAGCGACGGGAGAGGGAGAAGAAGAGGGGGUGGCGGCUGGAGAGGGGGAAAAAGGGAGGAAGAGAAUGA